AAAAAGAAAAUUUUGAUUGAUUCAGUUAAUUAAGAAAUUAACUGAAACUUAAACUUUUCCUCGAAAAUCAGCUCCAGUACUGAAAGGUCAACAGUAUCCCUCCUAUACCAGUUAUUCCUCCUAGAACGACUCACUUUCACCCUAAAAUAAUAAACUAAUUCCCUUUCACAAAACCUAUUCUUUUCCUCUGAACAACUGUAUCACCCCAAAAUCCAUGAUUCUCCUCUAAACAACUGUAUCACCUCAAAAAAGAAUCAAUUUUCUCCCAAAAUCAUCCCCAAAAUUCAUGAAAUCCUCCACAAAGUCUCCAAACCACCGGCUCUACGGUCAAGCACGAUGACACAACGAGUAACGCCCCAAAAAAUGUCGCGAGUGUGUUCGAGUUUCUCCAAUUUGUUGAGGAACGUUUGUGGCAACAGUUUCUUCGUUUGUUUGGUUGUAUUUCUGUUGAAUACCAAGUUCAGUUCUGCUACGAGUUCAGCUGCUUUAGCGUCUUCAACGGAUUUGUUCACUAAUAGAUCAGGUUGCACAUACGCAGGGCGUCGCUACAAGAAUGGCGCCGAGGUGGGGACGGCUGAGAAGUGCCUGCGCUGUCUCUGUCUGUCGUCACAGCUAGUGUGCCGUCUGCGAGUGUGUGCCCGUCUGCCCGACCCACCUCCACCCGGCUGCAUACUGCUUCAGCGGGCCAACCAAUGUUGUCCGCAACUCGUGUGCAAGCAGGAUGGAGCCGUUAACGAGAACAGUAUACUAGAGGGCCGAGCAAGGAACGGGAACCCAGUUUUCUCACAGAAUGGACCUGGAUGCCUACACAACGGCACCGUCUACGGAGAGGGGUCAGCCAUGAGCACAUCCAGUGAUUGUCAGUACUGCUACUGCAUCAAGGGCCAGCAGCACUGUGUCACACCACAGUGUGUGUUAACCAUGCCGGGGUGUCAGCCGGUCUUCAACAAACACUCCUGCUGUCCCAUCAAGUACAACUGCAGUCAUUCAAUUUCAACUACAACAUCACAGCCAAUUCCUCGAAGCAAAGGGUGCUCUGUGAAUGGCAGUGUGUACGAGGAGGGUGAUAGGCUGGACGGUUUGGCGCGCAAGUGUGAGACCUGUUACUGCGUUCUGGGAGCAGUGAGAUGUGAACCGGUCACUUGUUCAGUGCCCAGUGGGGCCAAGCAGCACUGCAAACCGGUCUUCUCGGACCUCCACUGCUGUCCUAUAAGCUACAAAUGUAGCCAACAUAUCUACGAGGAUAUGCCAAAAGAAACGAGAAACUAUAAUAGCAAGGAAGAUAAAACGGUAGGUUCGGCGUUGGAAGUAAAAUCACAUCCAGCAGAAACUGAACUCACCCCGUCUACAACCAAGAACAGUUCUACUAACAUUGCCCAGACUUUAUUCCCUACAAACUCAAAAUCCUCAAAAACUCCCUUAAAAUCUUCAACAGAAAGCAACUCAACAACAGAAACCGAAACAACAGAUCUGACAACACUGGAAAGUCGCACCGAAACAGUUUACGUCACAACAACAGACGCAUCGACAACAGACGAUUCGACAACAGAAGACUUGACAACAUCAGUCUACGAUGUCGACUACAGUUCAACGAUGGAUUCCAGUGAAAUAUCGACCACCGAUGUUGACAGCACAACAUUGGAUCCAGUGACAACAGGAGAACCUUUUCUACCGACUUUAAUACCGUCGUCUACUAUUAGAAAUGAAGAUAAUACAACGGCUGAGAGUUUGAAAAGUAAUGAGUCGUCUACCACCACUACUAUGAAGGCUAUACCACCGGAAUUAGAAGCUAUCCUAAAUAGUACUCAAAAUAAGGAGCCUAGUGAGGACUACGAUUAUGAUUACAAUGAGUCAUCAUUACCACCCUCAUUGCCCAAUCUCAGAAUCAUUCCAUUUGUGGCGGCUGAUGCAGUUGUGGCUAAGACAGACACAGGCAGUGCUGUCAACUACGCCAACAAACCACUGCAUCCAACACAACAGCGCAAAAACACGCCCUACUACAAACUCAAUCAUCACACCAACCGCUUCUCACCUCCUACCGAAACUGAAGGUGGAUUUGUACCGAAAGAGCCGCCUCUGGAUCUCCCUCUCCCUCUCUACGAUGGUCCUUAUCACUCAGUGGGCUUCAACAUUGAGAUAACUGUGCCUCCACCAGCUGAUCAAGCUUUGCCAUCACCUACUGCCAACCUGGAAAAAAUGUGCAUCCACAACGGGAAACGCUACCGCUCGGGGGAGGUGGUGGGGGAGCCUGUGUCCUGCAACACAUGCAUGUGCUACUAUGGGGAGGUAGUCUGCCAGGAGCCCAAAUGCUCCCUUCCCCCACCAGGGUGUAGCAGGGUACGUGAUCCGACCGUCGGAUGUUGUGGCCGUAUUGUGUGUGGCACAAACGACCUUGACUCGCCCACACGUGUAAUCGAGCACAUCAACACACCGGCACCCCCGCACGCGCAUGCGCCGCACUACUCGUCCCCCACCACCAACCUGCCAGCCUUCACAAUAGCUGACAGCGUCGUUUCCACGCCGGAUCCAUUCCGUGACGUCAUCCGCACCGAACCGGCUCCAGAUCUCCCGUCUCUAAUCGGCGAAAUAAUACAUCUGUGGGACCAGACCACUCAACAGUAUGGAAGUAGUACGAGUUCGUUGCCAUCUAUUACAACAGGGGCUUAUGAAGGAGUAAAUGAAGAUGGUGGUAAAAAUGGAACAGGGAACGACAGCCAUGGAAUAAGGAACGGAGGUUCUGGAAUUGAGGACAAAAGUAAGGGAAGUAAUGGAUAUCAAACAAUAAUAAUGGAAUAAGGAACGGAGGUUCUGGAACUGGGAACGAUAGUCAUGGAAUAAAGAACGGAGGUUCUGAAACCGGGAUCAUUAUCAGUGGGAUAAGGAAUGGAGCUUCUGGAAUUGAGGACAAUAGUAACGGAAGCAAUGGAAUAUCGAACAAUAAUAAUGGAACAGGAAACAACAGCAAUGGAGUAAAGAAUGGAAAUAAUGGAGAAUGGAGCGUCAGCAAUGGAGUAAAUAAUGUUGGUGAUGGAAUUGAUAGAAUCGAUGUAGGCUUUGCUACAAGUAGUGAGGAAAAUAGAGAAGAAAUAUAUCUGACACCUAUUUUCAAAUCUAAUAAAACAAGGACAGAACCAAUACAUGUUAAAAUUGACGGAGACAACCGUGAUGGUUCUUCUCCACAUGAAGUUACUAUAGAACUAUCUAAAAUUCCAUCUAAGGUUGUGGUUCAAAAUGUUGAUACAAAUCGUGAAACAGAAAAUCCACUUGAUUCUUUGUUUCUCUCCAGUGCUCCAUCGAAAACUGUCGUUCAAAGCAUUGAUUCUAAACUAGAUAUUCUUUCAGAAAUACCCAAAGCUGGAGUGGUCUCCAAAAUUGAGACGCAUGUCACCUCAACCGAAUCUGUCUCAUCAGAAGUUGGAAUGACUUCUAAAUCGGAUAAAAAUGCUGAGACAUCAACUUUGAGAAGUGGGGUGAAUGGAGGCCUACCUCAAGUAUCUAAUGACAAAUAUGAUAAGGUUUCUUCUACAACUGGAGACAGAUCUUCUACAGGGAAUAUUGUAACUUCAUCAUAUCCUACAAACCACAGAACAUCAAGUAUAAGUUCUACUACACCUCGAGUUCUGGAAACAACUUCAAAACUCUCAGACCCUUCUUCAUAUUUAUUCUCUACAGAUGAUUCUGAUGACAUUGAUGACUCGGAAGCAGAAUUGAAAAACGAGGAGGACACUGAUUAUAGUGACAAUUUUUCUCUAGAUAGUGUUUUCAAGUUUUUCUUCGACAGCGGCAGUGAAGCAUCGGAGGCCAGCACUGUGAAGUUGCCUGCCUCAGAAACUGUCACACCUCCCACUUCAACUUCAACCUCAAGAAAACCUGUUUCCCUGAAAACCCCAAUUUUCCCCGUCACUAGUACAACAAAACCAUCCGCCAUCAACAAAACUUCACCAUUGAAAAUUUCCACCACCACACAUUCCCCUGUGAAGGUCUCCCCUGUCAAAAACACAUACUUCAGUAGCAGAAUCACUGCUAAACCUGUGAAGGACAUCAUUAAUAACUCACAUAAAAACGUGACGACCACCAGUAAUCUCAGUAAAAUCGAUGUUGAUGUAGAAGAAAAUCAACCACAAGAAGUGAGAUUAAGCCCUGAUGAUCUUGAUAAGAUUAUUGAAAGUGAGAAACUGAGAACAGAGAAACCAAUCAUUUAUAUCAACCGGUUUCAUUCUGUUACAAACGACCUCAAAAAUCGUAACAGGACCAGAGUACCUGGAACGAUUACAAGAAUUCCUCCCAGUGGAAUAGGUGGUGCUAACAGGAAUAAUGGAACGAAACAUAAUGUAACAGGAGCUGUUACUCCUGGUAGUAACAAAUUUGAUGGCGUGAGGAAUGGAACAGUUAAUAAGUUUGGGAGUUCGGUAACUGGUGGUAAUAAAUUUGAUGGUUCAAAAGGUAAUGGAACCGUUAAUAAAUUUGGAAGUAACAAGUUUGAUGGUGUAAGGGGCCACCACAGUAAUGGAACAUUGAAUAAAUUCACCGGUUAUGCAGCUUUGAACCGUGCGCCUGGUAGCAACAGAAACGUAACAGGAGGUGUCAUCAAGCCGCUGAAUAGAAUACCAGGAGUAUACUCCAGGGUACCAGGUACUGUUUCUAGAAUAAGUAGCACAACGGCUAAAAGCAGUACUGUGACAGAUGACGAGGUGCAACAUAUAUCUGCAGUGCAGCCAACUACAGCGGAUCCCAGUGCGGUAACCGGUCUACUGAAGUUGGCCGGAUGUAAUAUCUAUGGCAGAAUGUACCGAGUUGGCAAAAUAAUCACGGAACUGUCGGGGCCGUGCUUGGAGUGUAUGUGUACAGAGGUGGGUGUUCAGUGUAGGCCAUUGCCUUGCUCAUGAACAAUACAGUCUAAACAAACAACUGUGGAUCUCAUUUUCUAAUAAUAGUAACAAAUGGUCAGUUUCCAGUAUUUUUUCUUCAAACUUAUGUAGGCCUACACUAUAAAGGUUUCUUCAACCCUGAAUGUAACUACUACGUAGGUCCACGUUAUAUAUAAUGGCAGUGGAGAAAGAUAGGAGAAAAACGUUGCCGAACCUCUGUCUUGUCAAUGCAUUCUUAAGACGGUAGCUGAUACAGGUUUAUUGAUGUAAUAAUUGUUCAUUCUCGUUUAAAAUAAUCAAUUCUAUUAAGCAAUAAAUUAUAUUUUCAAUAAUUUCAUAAUCAAUUUACAUAAUUAGGAUGAAAUAUUUUAUCAAUUAAUUAUUAAUUCAACAUUGUUAAAAGACGAUCUGGCAACAGAGCAAAGCGAGAAAGAGAUAGCGCUAUCCGCUUUGUUGAAUGAAAGACAAUGAUAGAGCAAUACCAUUGCUAAUCAAACACUGCCAUUAUAACGUGAACCUCACUACAAAAAGUACUUGGUAUUUUGAAGGUCUACUAUAAAUAAUCUAUGAAAGUAGCCUACCUACUUAAUUUCAUAGACAUAUAUAUUUUGAACGAUUUUUAAUGCAUUGUUUUGUGUUAUCCUGAAGGAAUGCAAUAUUAACCAGUAUAUUAAAUCAGAUUUAGGCUAUUGUUUCCCUUUUUCCAACAAACUUAUAGGAACUUGUAGAAAAUACUGAAACUCUCUCAUUUCUUUGUAGCUAGCUCAGUAAUUUUUCAUACUCAGUGAAUUAUAUCGAGUGUGCGGUCAGAGAAAACUUCUAUACUAGAACUAAAACCUAAAUAUAAAACUUCUAGAUUGUUUAUUCUGAGAUACGGUAUAGUGUGAUAAUCUCACUGAACUCCAUAGGAGAUCAAGAUGUUUUUAUUAACUAUUCCAAUAUAUUAUCAUCAUCAAAAAUGUUAUUGAGACGUCCUCGGACUAUCUAGUUUACGAAUAUUUAAGGAUCUAGAAAAUUUAUAAGUGUUUGAAAAUGUUGAACUUUCCGAAUCAUCAAUAUUACUUGAAUAGUUUCACAUUAUGAAUAAUGUUUUUAUAUCAUGAAUAAUGUUUUUAUAUUAUGAAGAACAUUUUAAAUCAUUCAUUAAAUCCGGAAAAAUGUCAAAAUUGAAUGAAUGAACGCUAUACAGAUUUGUGUAGGUUCCAUACCGUUUCCAUAUUAUCCACAACGCUAUAGGAAACAUUAUUUGUUCAACAAAACAAUAAAUAAAUGUAUCUUUGUAAAUAAUUAUUUCUCUAGAAUAUUGCUUGUUAAUGAAAUAUUGAUAAUUAGUUGCGUUUGUGAAUGAAUUGGAAAUUUGUCUUUUUUCUGAUCAUUAAUAUCAGAGCCUCAGAUAGAUUUACAUUUUUGGUUCAUGUUCUAUUAAAUUAUCGAGUGUGCCAUUUCCAUUACUUUUGUAUGAAUGUGUGAACUGAUUAAACACUUAUAUCAUA